AGGGAGGAGUAUAAACAUAUUGCUCGAGCAGGUGCACAAGAAAGCAGCCAAAGCAAAUUAAAAUUCAUCCUUGUUGGUAAGGCAGGAGCUGGGAAAAGUGCAACGGGGAACACCAUCCUUGGCAACAAAGUGUUUGAGUCCAAACUGGGGGCAAAGCCAGUAACCGAGACUUGCAAGACAGGGAGCAUGAUCUGGAAUGGGAAGGAGGUUGUGGUUAUUGAUAUGCCUGACGUAUUUUCUCCAGAGGCCAGUGACACAGAAACCUUUCGAGAGAUCAGUCGCUGUAUCGUGCUCUCUGCCCCAGGCCCCCACGCUCUGGUGCUGGUGACCCAGCUGGGCCGUUACACUGAAGAAGACAAGGAUGCAGUGAAGCGAGUACAGGAGAUUUUUGGAGUUGAAGCCAUGAGGCACAUGAUUGUCCUGUUCACCCGGAAAGAAGAUUUGGGGGGUGACUCACUGAGGGACUAUGUGAGAAACUCACAUAACAAAAAUCUUAAGGAGCUGAUUCAAGAGUGUAAUAACCGAUAUUGCGCUUUCGACAACAAAGCAACUGGAGCAGAGAGAGCCAAGCAGGUUAAUGAUCUGAUGGAAAUAACUGAGGGAAUGUUGUUGGAGAAUGGAGGCCGAUGCUACACCAAUGAGUUGUAUUCUGAGGUGGAGCAUAUGGUGGAUGGAGGAACUGAAGAAAAGUACAAGAAGAUUGAAGAAAAACUGAGAGAGCACAUGGCAAAACAAAAGACACCCAAGAAAGAGGCUAUGACUACUAGACUACAAAACGUGUUUAGGAGACACCCUGGCUGUUAUUGGGUGGGGGCCGUCUUGUUCCUCAGCAUGGACUACAAAUUCGUAGCAAAGGCCGUUUCUUUGCAGCUGAGGUCCAUGCUGGUGGACGUGGUCCAUCGCAACCAGACCUACACCAUCUCGGCCCAGGUCCAGGACCCGGGUGACAUGGUCCAGGUGAAGGCUUGCCGGGCCAUUUACUCAGCAGCCUCCUCCUCUCAGGUCAACUAG